AUGGAAACAACCUCGACGGAAACUCGACAACUUCAUUCAAGCCAAAAGGAAGCCAUGAGAAAAAUAACUGAAUUUUCAGGAGAAGCCAAUGAAAUUGAUAUUGAUGAAUGGCUAUUCGACUUGAACAAUUUAUUUUUAUUAAUGAAAUUAAAUGAUGAAACGAAAAUUCUUGAAACAAUGGGUAAAUUAACAGGACCAGCAUUACGAUGGUAUCAAGAAAAUUUAAGAUCAUUCGUUAAUUGGAACGAUGCUGAAAAAGCAUUGCGAGAUCAAUUCAAAGAAUUUACAUCUGACAGUCAAUUAAUGCAAGCAUUUUUUUAUAUUCGUCAAGAAGAAAACCAAUCUGUUAUAUCAUUUUACGAAAAUGUUAUGGGAAAAUAUAGAAAAUCUCGACAAUUUAUACGUAGGUAA